CAGAGAAGCCAUGGUGUCCUGCUCCUCACUCCACAUGCUGCCAUUUCUACUUCUGAAGGCUUCAAAUGAGACAUCCACCGACAGAUUCUACGCCUGGAAGCUUCAAAACGUUGUUAUACAGGGUUUUGCUGCCCCUGCCUGCACUGAACAAAGAUAAUUACUCAGGAAACAUUUCGGCCAAUCAGACGCGGCCUUGCAUCUAGCCUGUGAGGAAAGCGACCAGUCAGGAUCUGGCUAACAUCGCCGGGGCCUGAUCGCCUUGCCUGAAGAGCGGAGCCUUCCCCGGCUGAGGGCUGAGAGUGUCCUCCAUGUUUUAUAAGUGUUGACAUAACAGUGUGUCAGGCAGCCAUGCAUCCACAGAGUCUGGCUGAGGAGGAGAUAAAGACAGAGUCUGAUGUGGUAGAGGGGAUGGAUGCGUCUGCACGAUCCAAAGUCCCUGAUCCACCGGGGUCAGCAGAGCGAUCACUGGCACCACAGAAGAGAAAGGUGUCAAGUCCCACCCAUUCCUCCAAUGGACACUCUCCCUCAGACACUUCCCCCAGCCCACUCAAGAAAAAGAAGAAGCCUGGGGCUAUCAACAGUAACAAAGACCAGUCAGAGCUAAGACAUGGUCCCUUUUACUAUAUGAAGCAGCCAGCACUCACCACAGACCCUGUUGAUGUUGUACCGCAGGACGGCAGGAAUGACUUCUACUGCUGGCUGUGCCACCGCGAGGGCCAGGUGCUCUGCUGUGAGCUCUGCCCCAGGGUGUACCACGCCAAGUGCCUCAAACUACCAGCUGAGCCUGAGGGCGACUGGUUCUGUCCAGAGUGUGAGAAAAUAACAGUUGCUGAAUGCAUUGAAACCCAGAGCAAGGCAAUGACGAUGCUGACAAUAGACCAACUCUCGUACUUGCUCAAAUUUGCACUCCAAAAGAUUAAACAGCCAGGGACAGAGCCUUUUCAGAAGCCUGUGUCUCUGGAACAGCACCCAGAUUAUGCAGAGUACAUCUUCCACCCCAUGGAUUUGUGUACUUUAGAGAAGAAUAUUAAAAAGAAAAUGUAUGGCUGCACUGAGGCAUUUCUUGCUGAUAUGAAAUGGAUCUUACACAACUGCAUCAUCUAUAAUGGAGGUAAUCACAAGUUAACAGCAACUGCAAAAGUCAUUGUCAAGAUCUGUGAACAUGAGAUGAAUGAGAUUGAGGUGUGUCCAGAGUGCUACCUGUCCUCGUGCCAAAAAAGGGACAACUGGUUUUGUGAGCCAUGUAGUCAACCUCACCCCCUGGUCUGGGCUAAGCUAAAGGGCUUUCCCUUCUGGCCAGCAAAAGCACUUCGAGAAAAGGACGGGCAGGUAGAUGCACGAUUCUUUGGACAACAUGACAGGGCCUGGGUCCCCAUCAACAACUGCUACCUCAUGUCCAAAGAGAUUCCUUUCUCCGUAAAGAAGACAAAGAGCAUUUUCAACAGUGCCAUGCAAGAGAUGGAAGUCUACGUCGAAAACAUUCGCAAGAAAUUUGGGGUCUUCAACUAUGCACCCUUCCGCACUCCAUACACGCCCAACAACCAGCUGCAGAUGCUACUGGACCCUUCCAAUCCCAGCGCUGGCACGGUGAAAACAGAGAAACCUGAUAAACUUCGCUUCAACUUUGAUAUAACUGCAUCUCCAAAGAUGGUCCUCAGCAAGACUUCCACACCCAGUGGUAUGAGUCGGAGGGUCUCAAUGACGGACAUGCCUCGGUCUCCCAUGAGCACCAACUCCUCGGUUCACACAGGGUCUGAUGGGGAGCAGGAUACAGAAAAAGCCAGCAGGAAUUCUGCCUUCCACUACAGCACUGGAGAGGAGUCAAUGGACUGUACUGCAUCACCUGUCUCAGGGAAGAUGGGUCCUGCUGGCAGCAUGACAGGCAGCCCGAAGCCCUUUAACCCCGGACUGGCGCCCAAGCAGGAGAGGACUGCAGCCACAGGCGGCAUCCUUAAUCUUAACCUUGACCGCGUGAAGGCUGAGAUGGAUCUGAAGGAACUGAGUGAGACUGUGCAACAGCAACAGAAUCAGCAACAACAAGGAGCGUCAGCUGCCCUCCCAACCCCAAAGAGACCCAUCAGGAGCCUGGACAAGACUAUUGAAAGCUGCAAGGCACAGCUUGGGAUAGAUGAGAUUUCUGAAGAUGUGUAUAAAGGUGUGGAUCACAGUGACACUGAGGACUCUGAGAAAUCUGACUCAAGUGACAGCGAGUAUCUCAGCGAUGAGGAACAUAAGCCAAAGAGCUCCGCCCAGGACGACAAGGACAAAGCAGACAGAAAGAGGCCAAAAGCAAGCACAAAUGGAGAGAAUAAGGAGGGAGUUACUGGGACAGGGGAUAGAGCCACCCCUGAACCCCUGCUUAAAGAGAAGCAGGGUAGCAAUGGCCCAGAUAGGGACCCUCAAGAGAAGCCCAGAACGCCCCAGACUCAGCCCCUCACUGACAAGCCCAAGACCCCAGAGGAGGGUAGAGCAACUGCUGCCACAUCAGUGGCUGAGCAAGACUCUGAUUCAGAAAGAGAGCUUGUGAUUGACCUGGGGGAUGAACACGGAGGCCGUGACGCUAAGAGGGCGAGGAGAGAGGCGGGGGCUUCUGCUGCCAAAACUCUCAAAGAGUCUAAUGUUGCCAAGUUGGAAGGUAAACCACCUUUAUCUGCUGCAGCAGCUGCAACAGUACGGGAAGCUGCCUCCAACCUGAAAGACUCCUUGCAACCUGCCAUCACAGCAGCCCUCAAUCUUGUUUCCACUGCAGCAUCUGGUCAGCCCAGUGUCACAUCAGCUACCAGCGGUACCACCAGUGCUCCUUCACCUGCUUCCACCUCAGUCUCCACAACAUCCCCAGCACCUGCUGCUGUAAAGAAACAGCGCCCCCUACUGCCUAAAGAAGCGGCUCAGGCGGUGCAACGAGCGGUAGUUUGGAAUCCCACCAAGUUUCAGACGUCUUCUCAGAAGUGGCACAUGCAGAAGGUGCAGCGGCAGCAGCAGCAUGGAGAGCAGUCAGCAGUGCAGACAGGUGCACAAGCCCAGACUCCGGCGCAGACACGGAGCCCACAGCAGCUGCAGUCACAACAGCAGAAUUCCUCCUCAAGUACCCGCUAUCAGACCAGACAAUCGGUCAAAGGGCAACAAAAAGACACGCCUCAGAAUACUUCCUCAUCGACAGCUGCCCAGGGCUCAUCGGGUGGCUCCUCUUCGUUCAUGUCAGGAGACGUGCAGAUCCCUACAGUCUCAGCCGAUGUGGCUGCUGACAUAGCCAAAUACACAAACAAAAUUAUGGACUCAAUAAAAGGGACAAUGACUGAAAUCUACAAUGACCUUUCGAAAAGCACAUCAGGAAACACAAUUGCAGAGAUUCGACGGUUAAGAAUAGAGAUUGAGAAGCUUCAGUGGCUGCAUCAACAGGAGCUGUCAGAGAUGAAGCACAACCUGGAACUGACAAUGGCAGAGAUGAGGCAAAGUCUGGAGCAGGAACGAGAACGGUUGGUGGCUGAGGUGAAAAAACAGACGGAGUUGGAAAAGCAGCAGGGGGUGGACGAGACUAAAAAGAAACAGUGGUGCGCCAACUGCAGAAAGGAGGCCAUCUUCUACUGCUGCUGGAAUACCAGUUACUGUGAUUACCCCUGCCAGCAAGCCCACUGGCCAGAGCACAUGAAGUCCUGCACACAGUCAGCCACAGCUUCACAGCAGGAACCAGAGGCAGAACCCAACUCGGACCCUUCAGUCAAAUCAUCAGGUCACUCUCCUGCCACACAGACCCUGCCCUCAGCAGCAGCAUCCAUAUCGGACAAAAGCAACUCUCCCACAUAUAUGGACAAGAGCAAGGACAGCGCUGGCGUUACUGUGACAUAACUGCUACACUACACUCUUGUACACUUUGCAAGGCCGCUGUGGAGCUUGUGGUGUCAAAAUUGGUGCUUGAAGUCCUGCACCUCUGUGACAAAUCACUUUUUUAUUUCUCCAUUCCCAUAUGCUUUGUGGACAUUUUGGGUUUUUCCAUUAUUCACAAGUUUCCAUGAGUCUCUGUUCAGGUGGGCUCAUCAUGUGAAAGUAGUCUGUCUUGAGAAAUAAAUGUGAGUCUGUAUGUUAUCAUACUGUAGUUUUUAUGUUAUAGCUCUGUUACCACUUUGUUUUGAUUCUGAACAAGAUUGUAUCAACCCACAGAAUAUUUACAUUAACACUUUCAAUGCUGCUCUCAAGUACUUCAUGACUGUUAUUAUUUUGCUGAGAUCUCUCCAUUCUAUGAGACAAACAGUUUAAAACACCCAGCAACAGCUUAUAUUCCCUUAUCAUGGUGCCAUCAGAGGUAUUUUGAGUUAUGCAAAUUUAAUUUGUUUUAAACUAUGUCCGCUUUAUUGUCAGCUGAGGUGAUUUGAAUGAUGUACGUUUAGUUUUCAACCAUGUCCUCUUCAUGUCAACGGCAGAAUUUUUGGCUCAUACCAGUUUUGUAUUGUAGUUCCACAUUGUAUAGGCCUACAUAAAAAAAGUAUCUGUGAUUUAUUAAAAAUAACUAAAAAAUUAAACUGUACAAAGUUUUUGUAAGAAGAAACCUGAACAAUAUUUAUUGUGUUAUAUGUUUUUAUAGUAUGUUUAAUGAAGUCACAUUUCUAUGUGUCUAAAAAAAAGUUAUUUGAAAAAUAAAUUUCACAUGAAUGUCAGCACUGAGCAAAGUCUCUGUUAUCCAAAGCUGAUUUAAAUCCUGGUCAGACUGUGUCUAAGAACUGGGUAGGCAUCAAUAGAAACUGCAUUUUGGCUGGAUAUUAUUUCCUGUGAGCAUGUCUGUUUUGAGCUUGUGUCUCGUUCUUGUUUACAUAUUGUAAAUACAAUAAAUGGACUCGUGAAGAAAUAAAAAUGCUCUGAUCAA